AUGGGGACCGUGCCGCACACCAACAUGGAGGACCUCUCCGCCGAUGACGACCUGCUCUCGGACAUUCUGCUCGACCACCUCGAGUGGGAGCAACCCAUCUCGACGCACAAGAUGAACCCGCAAUAUCGCUCGCCUCGCUUCGACACUUCCGAGGCGUCCGGCAUUGUCCGCCGCUUCUGCGUCGAGAUGCAGGACGUCGUUGCCGGGGUCGAGGCCAUCUGCCAGAUGAGCGUUGUCAAGAAGCUGCUCCAGCGGAAAAGCUCGCGGCAGCAGGCUGCGUUUCAAGCCCAUGCACGCCGAUACCUCGAGUGCUAUCUGCCCGACAGCGGCGUAGAGUUUGCGUUGACCAUGCGCUACAAGCAGUCUCCCGGCGCACCGCUGCGCUCGCGCAAGCACAGGGCCAUGCUCCGCGCCGCGCAGGAGGGCCUCGAGAUGCGGGCAAGUGGCAGUGGCGUUGUGAAGGAAGAGGGCGAGCAUCGUGGGCAAGGCUUCAGCGCCGCGAACGGGCGGAAGACAGAGGGUAGCGGCGAUAAGCCGGGUACGAGCGCCAGCGCCAGCAUGAUUGCCAACGUCGACUUCGGGGCUACCUCCCUCAGCAACCUGCCGCCACUAGCGCCACCGGGUGUAUCGAUGACAGACAGCGCACUGCUUUCCAAGGCCGACCUGUGCAUCCUCGCUGUGCGCCCGUUCAAGCCGGGGGACCUGAUUACCGCGUGCAAAGGCGGAAUCACCGACCUGAGCAAGGAGGAGGACGAGGCGCUACGCGAGGAGGCGGCGCACUUUCGCGCGCUCAAGCAUGGGCAUGGCCAGGGCCAUCCGGAUCCUGGCGGCAACGAUGCCGACAAUGAGGGCGGCCCUGCUGGGCCUGGGCCUGUCUCCGAUGAGGCAGGCGCGGCGCGGCGGAGUGAGGGCCAUGCACAUGGGGCGGAGGUCACAGUGACAAAGGGGAAUGGCAAGGCAAAAGUGGAACCGGGCACGGACGCUGACGCGGGUGCAGACGAGGGGCACAUGUCAGGACUUGCUGAUGCAUUGAGUGAUACAAAUGGCGAUGCAGGGCAUAUGGCAGCGACAGAAGAUGCGUCAGCGGCCGCGCGCCUGCCUGCUCUUCCCUCUGCCGGCGCUGGCAUCGGGACGCGGAUAGGAAGACGGGCACGAGGUUUCAAGUACAAGGGCGUGCUCGGUGCCGGUCGGGACUUCUCCGUCGUCAGGAGCGCGAGAAAAGGGUGCAGCCAGCUUUUCCUUGGUCCGGCGAGGUUCAUCAACCACGACUGCGAGCCGAAUGUUGAAUUCUACCGUAUGGGCUCGCAGAUGACCUUCCGCUGCAUCCGCCCGAUCGCGGUCAACGAGGAGAUCGUCACAUACUAUGGAGACAAUUACUUUGAGCUCGGCAACGCCGAGUGCCUCUGCGCCACCUGCGAGGCGCGGGGCACUGGCGCCUUUUCGAGCGUCGUCAAGACGGAGGACGUGGCAUCUGGGUCGGAGGAUGUUAAAACCGCGGCUGAGCUCGAUGGCAUUAGCAGCACCAACGGCGAAAAUGGUAGCGGUGUUGGCGGGGAGGAUGGAGGAGGCGCCAUGGGCCUGGGCCUCGCCGACAUCUCGCAGCAGCACCUUGCCAAUUCCAACGGCAGCGCCGGCAUACAGCGCAGCAUGAGCAAUGGUAUGCUCGAUGACAGCGCAGACAGGGAUGAAAAGAAGGGCAUCGGCCGGCGCGGCGCCUCGCGGCGGCCUGCGGCAAUUGCCGCAUCCGCGAUCGGGUUCAACGAGUUCGGGCGUAACUACUAUGCCAGCCACAUGAGCGCUUCCGAGGGCGAUUGGGCCGAGAUGAUGUACAAGCGCUCCAACAGUAGCACCAAGGACGGCAACCUGACGCGAAAGCUGCUCGACGAGCCCGAGGCGUUACUCGAGUCCGCCGGCGGCGGCAACAAGGGCCCUGAGCGCGAGUGCGUCACGUGUGGUGCGCGUUUUUGGAGCAAGGAGACCUGGUGGAGGCAGGAGGAGUGCCAGCGCUGUGAGCGCCAUUACAAGAUCUUCAAGGCUGACUGGCCCGGCAGGGUGCCCACCGAGAGCCUCAUCGCGCGCAGCAAGGGAAAGAAGCCGGGCGAAGCGGUGCUCACGCCUGGUAAAGAAGAAAUUCCUACCGAGCACGCGAGCAACGGCAGAGCAAGGGAGAGGGAGAGGGCGCCAUCGCUGCCCAAGAAACGCGCAUCGUACACCGUGCGUGAGCGCCGGACUGCGUCCUUUGUGUCAAUGCGCAAACGCGACGUAUCCAGUGAGUCGUCCCAGUCCAGCAUCUCCUCUGCCUCUGCUUCUUUCGGCGGCACUCCCGUCGUCCUCACCCCGCUCCGCGACGGCAUCGGCCAGGGUACAGAUGACAACGCCACGUUGACGAGGAAGGCACCGCGCAAGAGCAAGACGGCUCUGGCUGCGCAUGCGGCUGCGGCUGCGCCGCCCAUCGCGCCGGAAUUGUCUGCGGCAGGGGCAGGGGCAACCGCUGCGCCAACACCAGCUAAGGCAGAGGCGGAAACGGCACCAACCGUUUCCCCGCUCAAGAAGCGCGGUCGCCCGAGGAAAUUGGACAAAGCCAAAGCGGAGCACUUUCCCACCACUGCUGCUGCUGAUGGGCUUGAUGAAAACGCUAUCGAUGAGAUCCUCGGUGACAGGGCGCGCAAAGUAGGUGCGGCCGCGGAUGAACACGACUCUUCGGAUUUGAGCAGCGUAUCUUCACUUUCCCAAGUCGAGUGUAUAGAGACGCCGGUUGCAGCGGGGGCGUCGGUAGCGGAAGCCGAGCAGCAGCCUCCGCCCUCUGGGCCAGCUAGUGGCAGAUCCGGCGAGGCGUCGCGAGGUGAGCAAGGGCAGAGUGAAGAUGGCCUGCUGGGAGGAUCGCAAGGCCAGAGCCCGUUGGCAGAGGAUCUAGAGUCGUCGUCAUCGGCAGCGACGGGCCCAAAGAUGCUUGGCAAAGACGCCAAGACGGAAACGCUGGCCAUGUAUUGGGGCGCUGUCAAUGGCGAUCGCCGGUCGCGACGCAAGUCGAUCAGUGGCGGACCCAACGAGAGAGCGUCACUUGGAACGGCGCCCGCUGCCGGCCCGGCACCGUCGAGCCGCAGAAUUGUUUCCGCUGGGCAUCACCAGCACCAUCUCCGCCGGUCUGCGGAAGACAGCCGCAGCUCCUCGCGCAACCUCCCGAGUCCACAGGCUUCCCCCGGCCCUGUUCGCAAGAAGGCCCGCAUCACCGAGAGCGAGGAUGGCAGUGAUGACCCGAUGCCGAGUCGCAGUGACGAUGGGCACGAUGCCAAGAAGGAUGAGGACUUCAGCAGCAUCUCAUCAGAGGGCUCAUCCUCGAAGGGCGGGCCUGUCCCAGGCCUGGCCACUAAGGGCCCAGCUCGGACUUCGGUACAGAACUUGGCCCUCGCUUGGAGCGCCGGCACCGAAGGGGGCAGGACGCGACGGCGCGCGGCCAAUCAGCCGGUCAAGUUGGCGACCCCACCAGCCUCCUCGACAUCUAACAAACGGCGCCGCCUCUCUCGCGAAGGAAGUACGGAGAGCAGUCGCGCGGGUAGCGCGAACGUCGACGACGAUGCACUUACCGCACGCGCGCGCGGCCGUCCUCGCAAAGUGCAAUCCGAAGCUACUCUCUCACCUGCAAUCGCAGCCGCUGACCUGACGGAUGUGCACACGCAUGCGCCACGCGCCGACAGUCCUGCACCCACUGCGCAUAUCAGAGGUAGUGCUCCGCCAGAAGCGGACGAAGGACGCCAGCGCUCGGUCGACUUCAAGCUCAAGGACGAGAUCAUUGGCGACGAGGCUGGGUCAGCGGUGGCCGACGAUUCGGCCGAGGCCCCCAGUCCACCACCUCAGGGGCAUUCGCGGACUGGAUCCUCAUCCACAUUCCCUUUGCCACUCCCUCUUCCCUUCGCCAACAGGUCCGCAGUCAUGAAUGUGGAGAAUAUUCCGCUGCGGCAGCCUGCCAGGAAGAACCUAAGAUGGGGCAAGGGCAAGACGACGGCAAGUCGGCCUUUGCCCCCGCUAGGUCCAGGCAUCCCUCAAGCGCCCUCACAGGUGGGCAUGGAACAGCUAUCGCCGGGGCAGGCAGCAUCUGUGUCUCCCGUGCCAGACGAGCCGAUCAUCCAAGGCGUGCAGAUCGCCAGCCCUGGUCAUGUUGGCAUUAUGGUACAACCCGUGAUGGCCUCAUCUGUCAGCUUGCAAGCGGCUAUUGGCCAAGUGAAUGGGGAGGCUGGCACAACUGCCACGGUGGCCACAUCUUUCGCUGACAGCGCGACGGGUCUCCCGCUUCUGGCUCCGUCUGCACUGGUCAAGGAAGAAUAA